AUGGGUGGACUUUUGUUUAAAGUAGUGCACCUGGCAAAGUUCAACACUGCCGUCCAGGCUCUCAUGCUGCUCUUCCAGGUGAUGGACUCUCAGCAGAUUGUCUCAGACCGCUACUAUGUGGCUCUCUACAGGAAGCUCAUGGACCCAGGUCUGACUCUGUGCUCCAGGCAGAGUAUGUUCCUCAACCUGCUGUACAAGUCUCUGAAGGCAGACAUCGUCCUGCCGCGGGUCAAAGGCUUUGUGAAGAGGCUGCUGCAGGUCAGCUGUGAACAGAACCCUACAUUUGCCUGCGGGGCUCUCUUCCUUGUAUCAGAGGUCAUGAAGGCCAAACCAGGCCUCAAGCUGCUGCUGCAGGAGUGUGGGGAUGGUGAAGAGGAGAAUUUCAAAGAUCUUAAGGAAGAAGAGGAUGAUGAGGAGAGGUUUGUAGAUGCAGAUAAAGUGGAGGAAGGACAGCGUGAGAUCAUUCCGAAGCCCACUGCAUCGUCGUGGGUACAUCACCAAAACAUUGAAGGUGGGAAGAGUAUGGAUACCUACGACCCGUUACACAGAAACCCCCUAUUCUGUGGGGCUGACCACACCACGUUAUGGGAGCUGCACAGGCUCUCUGCACAUUUCCACCCAUCAGUGUCACUGUUCGCCAAGACAAUCCUACAGGGAGAGUUCAUCAACUACACAGGAGACCCUCUCCAGGACUUCACUCUCAGCAAGUUCUUGGAUCGCUUCGUCUUCAGGAAUCCCAAGCAACUGAAGGGCAAACAAAACACAGACGCUACAGUUAUGCAGCCCAAACAGAAGCUGACCAUGAAUAACAUCCACAAUUUACCUGUGAACUGUGAGGAGUUCCUGUCCAAUAAGGAGAGUCAGAUUCCUGCGGAUGAGGUCUUCUUCUAUCGGUUCUUCAAGAAACGAGAAGCGGAGAAGGCACUGCGUCGGCCACGAGGAGAUGGAGAUAACGAGAGUGUGGAGGACGUGGACGAUGAUGAGUUUGAGACUCUGCUCGAUUCAUACGAGGGAGACAGUUACUUCACUGACUUGCCAAUUGAUGAAACAGACCUGGACUUUGCAGGCAAUGUUAAGACCAAAUCUAAGAAGGGGAAGAAGGGUGGAGAUGAGGAUGAGUCGGACCUGGAUGAUGACUUGGAUGGUGAUCUGGAUGAUGAGGAGGUGUCCCUUGGCAGUAUGGAUGAGGAGGACUUUGGAGAUGAACUGGAGGAGGAGGGAGGGUCCUUCAUGGACCCCGCUGGGGAGGAUGAUGAUGAGGAAGUUCCAGAACUUGAUGAUGAUUCUGACGAUGAGAUGGAGGUUCCAAACAUCACUCCAGGUUCUAAAAAGAGCAAGAGGAAGGCAUCAGAGGAUCUUAACUACACUGGGUCUCUAGGUUCCAAACCAGGGAAGAAACACAAAGGAAAGAAGGACACAGCCAUGUUUGCAUCUGCUGAAGAGUUUGGAUUUAUGUUGGAUGAAAAUGCUGGCUCAAAGUUUGACAACAUCCGCAUGAAUGCCAUGGCCAACAAAGACAAAGCAGGUGUCAGGCAGCUCAAGUGGGAGGCCCAGAGAGACGAUUGGGUCCGAGGUAGAGAUGUAAAGACCCUACGGAAGAAGAAGGCCAUGUUUAACAAGAAGAAACAGUUUGGCAAGCAACCGUUUGGCAAAUCAAAGGCUGGCAGAAAUACUUUCAAGAAGUAGUAAUCAUUUCUGAACCUAAGAUCACUUAAGUUUGUGUUCAUGCUCUACGCCUUCUUGGAACAAUCUUUCAAGGUCUUGCUCUCGAAUCCUAUAAACCCCGGGAUAUUCGCUGUACAGACAAAGUGAUGGUGUUUUAGGCUGCAUUCACACAGGCAGCCGAAUUCAGAUUUUUUUUACACUAAUUGGUCUGUUGACUAAUCAGCUCUGAAAGAUUUUAUGUGAUUGGUCAAAAGACAAAUUAAUGGAGGGGGGGGGAUCAGAAUUAGGGUGGCUGUGUGAAUGCAGCCUAACACUAUUAUUCUGUCUCUAGUUUAUUAGAAGUCCAACGAAUAUGCCAGGGUUAAUGGGAUUUGAGAGCAAGUGGGUGACAUGCCAGGGGUGUGUUCAUUAGUGCAAACUGUAUUGCCUUUAUCUAUACCUGUUGACAGUUCCUGGUUUGUUCUACCGAUCAUUGGAUAAACUACUUCAUGCCUGUGUAAAAUUAAGUAGGCUGCGUUUACACAGGCAGCCCAAUUCUGAUAAUUUUUCCACUAAUUGAACUAUUGACCAAUCAGAUCAGCUCUUACCCAUAAUUGGGCUGUCAUGCUUUGAAGUUACCUUGGGCUGCCUGUGUAAACAGCCAUAUUCUCUGUAUUGACAUUUCAACUCUGUUCAAUAUUUUGUAUAGGUUUAUACAAGGUAAAUACAAAAUGAAAACAUUAGCAUACUAUAAUGUCUGGUCUGUAAUAAUUGUAACUGGAGAUUAAACGUUUUUAAUAUUUGGUGCCGAUUUUAUUGCUGUGCAGUUUGGAAUUGGAACGAUUCUUCAAGUUUGUAUGUUUUGAACUGUCUAUAGCCCGUACCCUCCAGAACAGAGAGAAAGAAGCAUGUUGUUCAUACUGUUUCUGAAAUAAAAAUAAAUUAACAUUUUGUUACAAAGCAAUGGUGUACAUAGUCCGUGUACAUGGCAAAUGUCAUUUAUAUAUCAAAUGUAAAUGUUACCAUGACUUGUGUACAUCUUGUAAUAAAAAAGACCACAAGCACCCAGCA